AUGAUGGAGCUCGGCAGGCUGGGCGAGCGCGGGCCACACGCAGCGACGCCCGCCGCGCUGAUGCCGGCCGCGGACGGCACGGGGGACGACAGCGACCACGGGGGCCGCGUGAAGCGGCACGCCGCGAGCCCUGCGCGCGACACGGAGGGCAGCGCGGGCGCGGGGUGGUGGCGCAGCGCACCUGCUCUCGGCGGCGUGCCGCUGCCGCCCGCGCCGCCGCCGACGCGGCCCCGGACGCCCGUGAGCGGCACGGUCAGCGGAAUCGGCCACGCGGCGGACGAUCUGCGCCGCGGGGGCGUCCAGGAGGAAUACUCCCCCUCGGCACUCCCCGCCAUCUCCGGGGACGACGCCAACGCCGGCCUGCUGGCGCAGCUGCGGCGCGCCAUGAGCGACGUGCUCGACGUGUGCUCCGUCGGCGUGGACCCGCGCCUCGUCACGCAGCUGACGUCCACCAUGGUGCUCACGGCGCAGAACCUCCGCCGCCACCUCCCGGGCAGCGACGCCGCCGCCGGCGCGAACGGCGUCGUUCCGGAGCUCGCGCCCGACCUGACGGCUGGCACGCCGGUCGGCACGCCGGUCGGCACGCCGGCCGACAGCAACGCGCAGUGGCAGGGGGUGCCCGUGAUGUCUGCAUCGACGCCCGGGACACCCCCCACGCCGGGGCGGAGCCCGCCGUCGAACGGCGACGUCCCCGUGCGGCUGAUGCAGGCGCCCGUCGCGCCGCCGCCGUCGCACCGCGACUCGCGCGCCUCGGACGACGCCCUGCCGUCGCCCAGCGAGCGCUCCCCAGAGAGGCUGCCCCCGCCGCUCUGGGCAGCCAAGCCGGCCGCGGCGGCGUCCGCGGCGCCCGGUGCGGUCGCAGGGGAGCUGGCGACGGCGCGCUCGAUCGACUCGGGGCCAAAGCCGCCGGCGGUGGUGAGCGCGGCGGUGGCGGCAGGUGCGGCGCAGAGCGGGCCGCAGCGGUCCCCGAGCCCGCCGAUGCGGACGCAGAUGGCCGGGAUCCCCGCAGUGGCGAGCCUCAACCAGGGUUUGGCGUCCCUGGCGCGUGGGGCCGGGUCGCCGGCGCGGUCGGGGGGGAGUCCUCGCGACGCGUCGGGCAAUGCGUCGGGCAGCCUGCGGGCCGCGCAGGCGAGCGUGCCGCCGCCGCACCAGACCGGCGGGAGCCAGCACGGCCUGCGGUUCGCGCCGAACGGCACCGAGGCGGGCGGCCCGGAGCCCGGCACCCCGAAGCUGGGUGUGCCACUGGCGCUGGGCAUGCUGUGCGACUCAAACUCGCCGCGCCGCGCGAUCGAGGGCGGACUCGCGACGCCCGAGGGCCUCGCGCGCGUCAGCCGCGUGGAGAGUCAGUGA